AUGCCACAGAAAGACUACAGAGGCCAUACAAGCUGGGAGAGUGGAGUGGCCAGUAUGAUGCAAACCAGUCACAGCGGGGUGAACCAGCUCGGAGGAGUGUUUGUGAAUGGGAGGCCGUUACCUGACUCGACCAGGCAGAAGAUUGUGGAGCUGGCUCAUAGCGGUGCCAGGCCAUGUGACAUCUCCCGAAUACUGCAGGUUUCAAACGGUUGUGUGAGUAAGAUUCUGGGCCGGUAUUACGAGACCGGUUCCAUCCGUCCCAGGGCGAUCGGGGGAAGUAAACCCCGGGUGGCAACUCCUGAAGUGGUGGGCAGGAUCUCCCAGUACAAACGAGAGUGUCCGUCCAUAUUCGCCUGGGAGAUCCGAGACCGGCUGCUGGCGGAGGGCAUCUGCACUAAUGACAACAUACCCAGUGUAUCAUCAAUAAACCGCGUGCUCAGAAACUUAGCCAGUGACAAGCAACAAAUGGGCCCAGCAGGAACUGAGGGGAUGUUCGACAAACUCAAGAUGCUCAACGGACAGACUGCCUGGGGAGGGCGCUCCGGCUGGUUCUCUGGAACCACUCUCACUGCUAAUGAUUGUCUAGAGUCAGAAGGGACAGAGAACACCAUAGGUGCAAAUAGUGACGACUCAGAAGAGACUCAGAUGAGACUGCAGCUAAAGAGGAAAUUACAGAGAAACCGGACUUCCUUCACACAGGAGCAGAUAGAUGCACUAGAGAAAGAGUUUGAAAGGACUCACUAUCCGGAUGUAUUUGCCAGAGAACGUCUAGCCAACAAGAUUGACCUCCCAGAAGCAAGAAUACAGGUUUGGUUUUCUAACAGACGAGCAAAAUGGAGAAGAGAGGAAAAGCUAAGGAACCAACGUAGGCAAGCAUCAAACACAUCCAAUCAUAUUCCUAUCAGCAGCAGCUUUAGCACAAGUAUGUAUCGCUUGCCUUUUUCAUCAGGAUCCAUGCUGUCGAGGUCAGAACCUAUCUUGUCAAAUAGCUACAGCUUCAGCAUGGCCACCAGUCUGCCUAUGCAACCAUCAAACCAGACCUCUUAUUCAUGCAUGCUGCCAAGUGGUACCACAUUAAAUAGCCGAAGUUAUGAAACAUACAGUGCAGGUCAUAUGCAGUCACACAUCAACAGCCAGUCAAUGUCAUCCUCUGCAACAUCCUCAACAGGCCUGAUUUCGCCAGGGAUCUCCGUGCCAGUCCAGGUCCCAGGAAGUGAAGGCGACAUGUCACAGUACUGGCCCCGUCUACAAUAA